CUAUCAAUGUCAGGAGCCUACCUAGCUUGAACUCAAGUUUUAUACCAUUCAUCCUCCAUCAUUAUUAUUAUUAUUAUCUCUUCCUCUCUCUCUCUCCACUAUAAGUUAACAAUACAUAAAACCCACCACCACCCUUUAUAGUUACACACCCACAAAAGCAAAGAGGGUCCUCAAAGAUGGGUGGCAGUGGUAGCAAGAGUGAGAGGAGGUGCUCUGAGAAGUAUGUGAUGAAUUUGAAGGAGAAAGUGAGGGUGUUGCAAGAGGAGAUAAAGGAGAUGAUGUAUGAGAGGGAGAAGGAGAGUAGGGGCUAUGAGAGGGACAUAAUGGUGUUCACUUUUAAGGAGGCAGAUUGGAAGCAAGAGGGGAAGAGGCUGAGGGAGGAGGUGAAGCAGUUGAGGAAGGUUGUUGAAGAGAAGGAUGAGAAGAUAAGGGAGAUGGAAGUGGGGUUGAUGGAGAAGAAGAGUGAGAAAGAGUGGGAGUUGAUGGGGACUAAGCUCUUGGUUGAGCAGAUGAAGGAGGAGAGAGCAAGGAGAGAUGAAGCUGUGGAGAAGUGGAAGCAACUUUAUCUUGCAAUUAAGACUGAGCUUGAUGAACUCAUUCAAAGGACAUAUGAUGGGGAUGGUCUUUAUUGGAAAGCAGAGGAGAAUGACAUCCAAAUGGAGAAUCUGAGAAGGGAAUUGCAAGAGAAGGAAGAAACCACCAAGGCCUUGAAAACUCAAUUACUUUCAAUGGAGAAAGAAAAGUACAAAAAGGAGAGGGAGUUUGACUUGUUAAGGCAAAGCCUGAGGAUCAUGAAUGGCAAGAAGAAUUCAAUUCAAACAAGAGAGAAGCUCUUGAAAAGUAAAUUGGGAAAAUAAAGUGCAAAUAUAAAGUCUAGGUUUUGAUAUCCAAAAUUGAACAAUGUGGUUGAGUAUGUAUUAUUGUAUACUGGGUUGGUUUGUAUCUUGCAACAGCACCUAUUUUCCUUUUAUUUUCUUCCCCCCUCCUUUUUUCUGCCGAAAAAUAAGCAAGCCAAUACUUCCACAGAAGAAAAGUCUCAUUCUUGAACCUUGAAAGAAACAGAACAUGGAGGAAGAUAAGGAAUUUUUUCUUGUGGACUAGCUUAGUUACUGAAUAUGCCAGGUCUGAGGACUAGUGAAGGAAAGAUAGAAACAAUAUGUUUAUUAUUUUUGCUUUCAUUAUGUAGAUUCAAACAAAGUUCAUUUCUUAAAGAAGUUUCUGCUCCACUGAUUUUAUUUGGCAUAUCCUCCUUCAGUGGCAAAAGAGUUGGGGUGGCCACCUAACCUAUGAAUCGUCACAUUCCCAAGGUUGGUUCCCUUUGGCUCAAAGAAAAUAGAUUCUAUGCAGCUAAUCAAUCGCCAUGUAAUGAUUUCAUUCCACUACAAGUCUAAAACAAGUGUCAAAGGCGAAA